AUGAAAAUUGGGUCCAGCGUGGCCAUCCAGAGUUCCUGGAAGCUGGGCAGAGAGGUGAUCGGAUCACAAGAGUUCACUGCUCAGCACUGGAUGUUAUUCGGCUGGGUCCACAGACCACCAGAAGAGGACUCCACUCUUUCCAGGGUGUCCGACCGCUGCAACUAUGUCUUUGUCAAUGGCAAAGAGAUAAAAGGCAAGAUGGAUGCAGUGGUGAACUUCACGUACCAGUACCUGAGUGCCCCCCUGCACAUCACCGUGUGGGUGCCCCGGCUACCCCUGCAGAUCGAAGUCUCUGACACAGAGCUCAGCCAGAUUAAGGGCUGGAGGGUUCCCAUCGUGGCCAGUAAAAGGCCCACACGAGAGAGCGAGGAUGAGGAUGAGGAGGAGCGGCGGGGCCGGGGCUGUGCCCUGCAGUACCAGCGUGCCACCGUGCGGGUCCUCACCCAGUUUGUGUCUGAGGGUGCAGGCCUGUGGGGUCAGCUGAGCCACCUGCUUAGUCCCGACUGGCAGUUCGACAUCACCCACCUGGUCACAGAAUUCAUGAAGUUGGAGGAGCCUCACGUGGCCACACUCCAGGACAGCAGGAUCUUGGUCGGGCGGGAGGUUGGGAUGACGACCAUCCAGGUGUUGUCCCCACUGUCUGACUCCAUCCUGGCAGAGAAGACAGUGACCGUGUUAGAUGACAAAGUGUCGGUCACAGACUUGGCCAUCCAGCUCAUGGCUGGGCUGUCAGUCAACCUCCACCCCAACACAGAGAACAGCAAGGUCAUCACGGCUGUGGCCACAGCUGAGGAGCUGCUGCGGACUCCCAAACAG